AUGGUCUCAUCAUCUACCGAUGACGAUUCCUCCAAGAAACACAAGUAUAUCCAAUGGGGCUCCAGUCUCAAUGCUACCGACUGGACGCAUUAUACCGAUCCUCGGACUAUAAUUCCAACGCUCCUCCUCACCUCCACCAUCCUACUCUCAGUGCGCGUAUACCGCUCCUACCUACGUCGCAUACCUGAAGCUACCUAUAUAAGGCCGGAACUAUUCAGGAAAAGGUCUUUGUUUGGGACGGUGACGCGAGUGGGCGACGCGGAUAAUUUCCAUUUUUUUCAUACACCGGGAGGAAAAUGGGCGGGAUGGGGCUGGUUGCCUCUUUCGAGGAGGAGGGUACCAGUGAAAAAGCUGGAUCUCAAGAAUAACACUAUUCAUGUCAGAAUCGCAGGAGUUGACGCGCCGGAAGGAGCACAUUUUGGGAAACCGGCGCAACCACAUUCAGAUGAAGCUUUACAGUGGUUGAAAGAUUACAUUCUGAAUCGAAAGGUUCGAGCUUACAUCUACAAACGCGAUCAAUACGAGCGGGUUGUUGCUACCGUUUGGGUGCGCCGCUGGCUCAUUCAGAGGGAUGUGGGCAAAGAGAUGCUGAAGGCAGGCUGGGCGACGAUUUAUGAUGCGAAGGCAGGAGCUGAAUUUGGGGCGUUUGAGGAAGAAUAUCGAGAUGUGGAAGCAAAAGCCAAACAACUGAAGAAGGGCAUCUGGGCGGGCAAAGCGAAAGAUUUUGAGAGCCCGAGAGCAUACAAGACGAGAACUGCAGAUAUGACCACGUCUGAUAAAGUGAUACCCAAGACACCUAAAGUAUCCGAAGAUACAACUUCGAUGAUUGGGUCGUUUGUACAGAGAUUUGUUAUUUGGAGGAAGAAUAAAUGA